UAAACAUGACGGCCUAUACGACUUAUUGAUAAGUAAAUCAAUGACAACUAUAGCCGUAUAUUAUGUUCCCUCCCCAUCCCCACCCACACCGCGUGAGACAGCCAGUUAAAACAUCACCCCACUAUGUACGUCUGAAAUGUAAAAACAAACAACUAACAUUGGAAAGUUUUCAAAGUCGAUGAAGAACGAUGAAAGCCCAGUCACUAAUCCACGUGCUGUUUCUGGUCUCCAUGACAACCUGGGCCGAUCAGAACUGUAUGCAACAAGUCCUUAACCCCGCAGAUAUUUUUAGAUCAGAUAAUGCAACGGCUGUUCCGAUUGGUCAAUACACAGACGAGAGUCUACAGGCAUGUAACAACAGAUGUUGCCAAUCAGUGUCUUGCAAUGUGGCUGUGGUCGACGAUUCUGAUGUCAGCAGAGGAUGUGAGCUCUACGCAUGUCCGUCAACAACCUCGUGUAACCUGACACUUCAAGCCGGACAACUCGUGUUUGUCCGUCAGCCGCCGGGUCAAGUCAACGACAGCGACGUCCUGACCGACGACAGCAGCACCUUCCCGACGUCGGCACCUCUCGCUGAGGGACCUGUUACACAGGGACCUGCCACACAGGGACCUGCCACACAAGGACCUGAGGGAUCUGCCACACAGGAACCUGCCACACAGGGACCUGCCACAAGGGUACUGGGGGUGAUCCCCUCCGCUGGCGACGACUUGCUGACCCCCCUCCCCACCACGCUCAGCACGCUCACCUCCCCCAAAGCCACGCCCCUGGCGGACUACUUGACUCCGCCCACCGCCGAGAUGACCGCUGUCAAUCAACAAGCGUCCAGCAUCAACUCCUUGACUCUCACUGACUCGCCGACGGCUGGGUUUGAACUCCCGACCUACCAGACCACGACCAUCACUACGGUUCCCAUGGUAACCGAAAACACCUCGACACAGCCCAGCCUAGCAGCCAAUGACUCUGACGCCGAGGGAGAGUCAUACAUCAGCGGCGUGGACGCUCGCGUCAGCCAAAACAACUCCUUAGAAGGUAGUGAACAGUCUAUCGCUACAACAUCCCAGCUUUACAACAUUGCCCCAUCAUUUACACCCACGCUCUUAUUUACAACAACGACGGUGGAGAUCACUGACGUCAACGCCACUAACGUCGUUUCAGCAUCGUCAUCGCUUGACGUCACAGAGGUUACUUCCGGUGACGUCAUCCUCGUCUCGCAAGCUCCGAACAGCAUGGUUGAAGCUAUUCAGCUGACGAUGCAGCUAUCGACCACCGUGCCGCUAGACACACUCUACUACUCGGCCACUGUUGGUCCAGGAAGUGACGUAGCUGAAACGGAGCCAACAAACUCUUCGCUCUUCAAUGACGUAGUGUCACAAUCAGCACCAGGUAAUGGGUCUCACGACUCAACAGUUUCAGCAAGCCAACAACCAACAGAUAUUGAACCAACGGGGUAUUACACUGACCAGGUGACCGAGCUACCCACUAGCCCGCCGAGUGACCAAGUGACCGGACAACCUAGCAUCCCGCCAACUGAGUCACCAACCGUCCAACCAACUACCCAAUCAAGUGGUCAGCCGGUCCUAUUAUCUAGCGACCUAGUCACUGAUCCACCAAGUAUCCGACCCACUGACCAACAAACGGGCGUACCAAACGAGGAAGCGGAAGAAGAAGCGACAUUAUUAGGCGGGAAAUCGGCCAACGAGUCAGGAACUACAACGGUACUUAAUUAUCACGGAACGUCCGAGGCGAUGAUUGCGAUUUUAAUUAGUGUUUUGGCUUUGGGUUGCGUCUUUGUGUUGACCAUUGUUGGUGUGUUGGGGAAGAGAAUCUACGACGGCUACCAGAAGAGGCAUUAUUCUAGAUUGGACUACUUGAUUAAUGGCAUGUAUAAUUAAUUAGUUGUCAGAUGGAUUGAUGGCAUUGUGACAGACAGCUUGUAAGAAUGACAGACAGCUUGCAUGAUUAACAGACCGCAUGAAUGACUGGCUAACGGCUUUUAUGACUGACUGACUGACGGUAUGUAAGGUUGACAAACGACGCGUAAGACUGACUUACAGACAGCAUAUAUGAUUAACAGACAUACAUAUUAUUGACAGGCAGAGAACAUAUUGUUAUGUUAUUUCUCACCAUAUAAUUCUCUAUGUACAUAUAUAUAAUCUCGUUUUAACUGAUGCGACCAAUUCAAGUUUCUUUACAAUACAUACGAAAUACAUGUUAAUUAAUUUUACAAACGACUUAGAUGUUUACUAAUUUACAUGCGACAUACAUGUCAACUAAUUUAAAGUUGAAUCGUAAUUUAUGUGAAUUUAUUUUCAGCAAUGAACAUUAAAAAAAAAGA